AGGAUCGGCGAUUUCUUUUUUCUGGCCAUCGGCCAUCUCUUGACCUCGGGGCUCGCAACUCGUGUCAGCGUCGCGUCGCAUCGCGUCACCUCAGCAUCAGUACCGAAUUGCCUGGCAGAAGAGCGAUGUUCUGCAUGCAACGAAGCGGUGGAUGGGUCAGCUGGUCAACUUGCACCCGUCGGUGACAAACGCGACAGAUGGCGAGGAAGAUGAUCAAUGCCGACGACCGCAAAAAGAAAAAAACAAACCCCCAAAAACCGGUCCACAACCACACACCACGCCGGAGCCGCCACCCGCUCACCGCUCACCAUACCUAGUACGACAACCUCCCAACAUCCUCACGAUGCUUCAAUUCCCGUCUGCCCCUGUUGCCGAUGUUUAUUAGCUACAUACCCGCGCUGUAACUACCCACACGCGUGCGUGCGGGGGGCGCGGAGACACAACGACGCGGAGACGCGACUUCAGGGCGCGCACACUCCAGCGAGUUCCGGCCCCCACUGUACUGUACGGAACACCCCCCGCGCCGCAUCACGCUCUGCUGGCUCGAUUGAUGGCGCUCGCGUCUUUCCCUCGGGCGGGCCGCUCCGCGUGGAAAGCGGCGCGGGUGCGGGCGUGAGUAAUCGCGUCGUGGCUGCUGUUAGUGUCAUGAGGCUACGGAUGUCCGUACCUGGUACAUGGAACGCCAUAGCCAGCCGCCAGAAGAGCCGCGCUGCAAGCCGCAGCGGGAGAGGUUGCGUUGGGGAGGCCUUGCGCCCUGGACCAGUCGCGCGGGCGUGUGUGCCUGGCUGUUGGGAAAAUGUGCGCACAUCAAUGGCAGGGUUGAUCUGCUCUGCUCGCAUGGGUGAUCCGCUCUUUCUUGCCAGGUGCAAGGAUAUGCGCGCGCGCAUUCAUGCCGGACAAUUGCAAACCGCGACGUGCGGGCGCUAGACACGAGCACGGCGGGGUGGGAGUAGUGCCGUUCGCAACAGGGCGCGCGUGCCAAUAUUCCGGCGUGAGAAAGAGAUUGUCUGGCGGGACUCACGGGACCAUCACCGGGGAGCGGCGUAGAGGGCCGAAGGGGCUAGAGCCGCGUCGAGAGACGAACUGCGAGCACGAGAGCCCUG